UGAACACACAUGUGAGUUUCUUUUUAUUUGUAUUGAUUAAAACACAUAUUUGAACUGGGAAUUUAUGUUUAGUUUCCUCAUAAAGGCGUGUGCAAGUGACAUUGGAACGCUUAUAGAUUUAUCGUUGGACAACAGCCAAGAUCUCAGAUGUUUCAUAUAAUAAGCAAUUAAUUAGCCGCAUGCAAUUGUCGCGAUGAUUAGUAAAUUGAAUGUUGCUCUUCAAGGAAUGAGUGCAAUAAUUUUAAACAAUUGUAAUUUGAGUGUGUUAAAAAAGAGAGAAAGACAACGACACAUGUGUAAAAUACAGUGAAUUGUAAACGUAUCCAAAUAUAUAUAAAUGUUGAACUAAUAUUGUCAAUCAAAGCAUAAAAAAUAUCUACAUAUGUGUGUGUGUGUUGUGUAUAUUAAAUAUACCGACAAGUAUCAAGUGUGAAUAAAAUACAAGUGUAUCCCUAAAGUGCUUAUAACAUAUACAUUGCGGAUUUCGGAUUUGUUGUUAUACAGAUACAUUUGACAUUCUGUUGUCAAAGAAACUUGCACUUGCUUUUAGUCAUAACGUAAUGAAUUCAGUUCAAAGUGCAACCGAGCAGCAGGAGCACAUCGGGUCAUUCAAGAGAAGAUUGCGCAAACGUCGAAACGCUGACGCAGACGUUGACGCUGACUGCAGACCAACAACAACAACAAGAGCAGGAGCAACGGAGCUGAAGGAGCAUUCCGGUGGAUUUGGAGAUUUGGCAUUGUUAGAGAAAGUGUACGUGAAACAAUUCUAUUUCGAGAAACGUGUGGGCAGCGGAGGAGGAGGAGCAGAAGUGCGAGGAGUGGCAGGAGGAGGAGGACAACAGGAAUAUCUUAAUCUCAUUUCCAUCCCCGGUGCUUGGCUUUUACUGGUGGUCAAUGCAAGCGCUAGCUUCGGAUGAUUAAAGCUAUUCAUUUGGGUUGGUAGCUGAUCUCCGCCCAUAGUCCACAACAACAACAACAACCAGAACAACAUUACUGCCAAAUCAAGUCAGCUGUUCCAUAUAGAAGCUGGCUUACAUAGAAAUUGUCAGCGGAUUCAAGUCAAGUGUACAAAGUGCAAAGAUAGAAUGUUAAUAUCCAUGGUUCAUCUUAAUGUGGCCAACAAAUGUGGCCUUUACCUGUUCCUGAACCAGUCCCUGAACCUGCUCCAGCUUAAUCCCAAGCAUGUGCCAGAGGUGUGCAGCUGACAUUGCUGCUCCUUAACAUUUAGAACUCAUAGACAAUCGAAAAAACAUUUAACUAAAUCGAAACAUAUAUAUAAAUGAGUCAGCGAGGGCAAAGAGUUUUAUAUAUAUAGACUUAACUAUAAGCCAAAAAACAAAACCAAACCGUUCAAAAGUGUGUCUAUAAAAGUGCAUUUGAUUUCUAAAAUUUUAAAUUUGAAUUCGAUAAUUGGCCAUAUCUGGAGGAGAUCAUGUCUGUCGCAGAUCCUGUUGCCUCCGCGGAGCUCUUGCCAUUGCAGCCGAUCUACGAUAGCAACGUGCAAACGCAACCGGAACUGGAACCGGAACCAGAUAGAUUGCUGAAUUUUCCACGUAUGGCCACCAAGAAUAAUAUAUUAAAACUGAAUUGGUGGCAUUCGCCGACACAGCCAUUAGAUGUUGCUGCAUCGUUCCUAUCGUCGCCAGUUAUACGUCAGGACAAUAACAAUACGGAUGCCCGAAGUUGCUUCAAUACGCCAGUCAAAUCAACAUCCACAUCAGAGCAGCCUCAUCGACACCAUCCACAUCUGCAUCAUCCAAAUGAAAGGGAUCAGAAGCGGAGAGUCAUCUCAACUGCCGUUAGUAGUGCCGUCGAUCUGGAUGAAAGUUUCGAUCUGCAGGAUUCGCAGUUACUUGUGAAGGAUUCUCAACCAUGCGUGGGAUUCCUCAACCAGGAUCAACAGGAUCAGAUGAAAAUAAGCGGAUAUCGUCGGUCGAAUGUACGUUUUCUAUUGUGCUGGAUUUGCAUUUGCCUGACUGGAGGAUUAUUGCGUCUGGUGUUGCAUUGGUGGCGUCAUUGGUAUCUGCUGGCCACCUGUCAACCAUGUUCUUUACAGGAGGCCCAACAGGUUCUGGUCGAAGAGGAUUACCAGGGCAAGCACAAAGUGUAUCACGUCAAGCCCGUUCAUUUAAUUACAAAAGACCAGUUAAAAAAACUGUUGCAGGAGAAAAUUCCAAAAGAGACGGAGACCAUCGAUGAUAAUAAGAUUCAACUGUCUGUUCAUUUUUCUUCUGCGCAUUUUAAAAAUUGUCAAUCCUUGAGGACAUUUCGCUGUAAGCAACUGGUCUAUGCCUGGGACAACGGAAUCCACAACUUUAAUAAAAUCAACGGAUUGGACGUAAACGUGCCCUGCUCCUAUUUCCACCAGCAACGGGGAUUGACUCUGCAGGAGCAGCUUUCGCGGAGCAUUGUGUUUGGUGUUAAUGAGAUAACCGUACCGCUCCGAGAUAUUAAGACGCUGCUGUUCCUUGAGGUCCUAAAUCCCUUCUAUGUGUUCCAAAUAUUUUCAGUCGUUCUAUGGUUUACUUAUGAUUAUUACUACUAUGCUUGCGUCAUCUUGCUCAUGUCUAUAUUUGGUAUAACCAUGUCAAUCAUACAAACGAAGAAGAAUCAAGACGUGCUGCAUCAGACAGUUUUAAAUACUGGUAACGCUUGGGUCGUGAAUGCCAAGGGAGUCUCAACAGAGUUGCCAACGACGACUCUGGUACCCGGUGACAUAAUUGAGAUUCCCUCGUCCGGAUGCACAUUGCAAUGUGAUGCGGUUUUACUUUCGGGUAACUGCAUCCUAGAUGAGUCCAUGCUCACCGGUGAAAGUGUACCGGUUACCAAGACGCCGCUGCCUAUGAAACGCGAUGUGAUAUUUGACAAAAAGGAGCAUGCCAGACACACUCUCUUCUGUGGCACAAAAGUCAUCCAGACCCGAUACAUUGGCUCGAAAAAGGUGCUGGCCUUUGUCAUAAAUACUGGGAAUAUAACUGCCAAAGGCGGCUUAAUACGGUCUAUUUUGUAUCCACCACCCGUUGAUUACAAGUUCGAGCAAGAUUCAUACAAAUUCAUUCAGUGUUUAGCGGUGAUCGCCUGUCUUGGUUUUAUAUAUACGCUUGUUACAAAAAUAUUACGGGGAACCGAGGCAGUUAAAAUAGUGGUCGAAUCGUUGGAUCUAAUAACAAUUGUCGUUCCACCAGCUUUGCCAGCUGCAAUGACUGUCGGUCGCUUUUAUGCCCAGAAACGUUUAAAAAUCAACGAUAUAUUCUGCAUCUCUCCUCGAUCUAUCAACGUCGCUGGCAGUAUUGAUUGUUGCUGCUUCGAUAAGACUGGAACCCUAACGGAGGAUGGUAUGGAUAUGUGGGGUGUUGUCCCAAAGUCAUCGACAAAUCAGUUUCAAAUACCUUUAAAGGAUAUAAGUCGAUUGCCGUACGAUCACUUUUUGUUUGGAAUGGUCACCUGCCACUCGAUUACUGUGAUGAAUGGUAGCAUGAUUGGCGAUCCUCUGGAUCUCAAGAUGUUCGAAUCAACCGGUUGGACCCUAGAGGAUGUCAAUAACAUACCAGAGAAUGAGAAAUUCGGACUGAUUUAUCCAACAAUACUGCGCCAACCGAAGCGUUCUACAGUUGAAACUGAUGCUGAAAAAGUUUCCGUUCUCGCUCCCGUCCUGCGACAGUCGUCGGUGGAUGAUCUACUGGCGAAUGUUGGACUGUCAUAUAGCGAGACGAAUUUCGAUCAUGGGAUUGUCAGAGAGUUUCCAUUCACAUCCAAUUUGCAGCGUAUGUCGGUGAUAACACGUUGUCUGAGUGCUCAGGGCUUCAAUGUGUACUGCAAGGGAUCUCCAGAGAUGCUGCAGCAGCUGUGUCAGCCGGAGAGUAUUCCCGACGAUUACACCCAACAGCUGUCUACAUUUGCCAAGAGAGGAUUUCGCAUUAUCGCUGUGGGUUUCAAAGCACUUAAUCAAAAGUUGAACUAUACCAAAGUGCAGCGACUUUCUCGUGAAGAGGUUGAACACAAUCUGGAAUUUCUGGGUUUUGUCAUUCUCGAGAAUCGUUUGAAACCGGACACGACAGCCGUAAUUAAUUCACUUAAUCUGGCAAAUAUACGCACAAUCAUGAUCACCGGCGAUAAUAUAUUGACGGCAAUGAGUGUGGCUCGAGAUUGUGGCAUUGUGAGUUCAACACAGGCAGUGAUCACUGUACAUGCGGUGCCAAUUGCCAAAGACAAAUUAUUUGAAAAGCUCGAUCACGUUGACGAACAACUCGAUCAAUAUCAGCUGCAAUAUACACUCGAGUUGGGUAGCAAAAUGACGCAAGUAAAUGGAAAUGGAAUAUGUUCUGGAGGAAAUGGAGUAGGAACUGCAAUUGCCCAGAAUAUGGGUAUGGAACUGUCGCAAUCAACCAAUUCACUGGUGAACGGAGGAUCCAGUUGUGCCACAAGCGUCCAGCUGCCCAAUAGCCACAGUCUCACCAGCGUCAAGACUAUCGACACCUGGACACACAAUGAGAGCGAAAAUAUUGAUGUGGAUGUGGAGUUGGGGGAGACUCCAGUUGCAGUAACUGAUAACUGGCGGCGUCAUUAUACAUUUGCCAUGGAUGGCAAGACCUGGCAGAUCGUACAAGAUCAAUUUCCGCAUCAAAUGGAGAUCAUAUUGACACGUGGCGCCAUCUAUGCUCGCAUGUCGCCCGAACAAAAGCAAUCCCUUAUAAUGGAGCUACAGAAUCUGGACUAUUAUGUGGCCAUGUGCGGUGAUGGUGCCAACGAUUGUGGUGCCCUGAAAGCAGCCCAUACUGGGAUCUCGCUAAGCGAAACGGAAUCCUCGAUAGCUUCGCCGUUCACAUCCCGCCGGGCAACCAUUGCAGCCGUACCCAAUGUGAUUAAGGAGGGUCGUGCUGCUUUGGUCACCUCUUUUGGCAUAUUCAAAUAUAUGGCUGCGUAUUCGCUGGUUCAGUUUAUAUCUGUUAUGAUCUUGUACUCCAUCGACUCAAAUCUAACGGAUAAACAGUAUCUGUACAUUGAUCUAGGCCUUAUAUCCAUAUUUGCCUUCUUCUUUGGCAAAACGGAGGCUUAUGAUGGCCAGCUGGUAAAGCAGGUACCGCUCAGCUCGCUGAUAUCACCAACACCUUUGUCCUCUCUUUUGCUCCAUUUGGCUGUGGUAAUCGUCUUUCAGGUGGCAGGUUGGUUGCAGCUACAUCAACAGGAGUGGUUUGUGCCAUUCAAGCAAUCGGACGAGGAUCAUUUGGGAUGCUUUGAAAACUAUACUAUGUUUGCCAUAUCUAGUUUCCAGUAUAUUAUACUGGCGUUUGUCUUCUCAAAGGGUGCACCUUACCGCAAAGCCAUCUGGUCCAAUUGGCCACUCUGCCUGACAAUGGUCAUAAAUACUUGCAUUGUCGUCUAUCUGGUGAUUUAUCCCAGCGAAUGGAUACAACACUUUUUGCAGCUGGUUGUACCUAAUGAUAUGUCAUUUCGUAUUAUAAUGCUACUUUAUGGAGUCGCUGCAUUUAUCGCACAUUGUCUGCUCGAAGCUUUUGUAGUCGAGGAUCUUAUAUUUAAACGCAUUCAGGUGAAACGUGAGCAAAAUCUGAGCACAUCCACACGGAAGUAUAUGCGACUGCAAAAUAAUAUCAAUUCAUUCAAUAACUGGCCACCGAUAUCGGAAGCAUACGAGCUGCAUGAUUCAACUGAACCAACUGCUGAGAUCCAGCCGACAUAUGUGAAUUUAAGUGCCGAACAGAACUUGGAUACACAGCCCGGCGUAUUUCCCGGUUUCUUUGACAACAACUUGCCCAAUAAUCAGCCUCAGAAUCAAAUUUAGAUCCGUUUAUCAACUCAAGCCUCUGACGUAGAACAGCUAAAGUCCAAAAAUAUAUGAAGAGAGGAAAUCGGAAUAGGACACAUAUGGAUAUAUAUGGAUUUAAGCUACAGAUUUAGUUAUAGUUUGAAUAUAAAUAUAUUGUAAAUCUAAUAUACUAUAUUUUAGGUCGUUACUACUUACAUGUUUACAGAUAUAUGUGCUUAAAGUUCUUGUGAGCUUAUUAUAUAUAUAGUACUUAAGUAUAAAAGUUCGUAAUUGAAUUGUAUUGUAAAUAAGUUUGCAUUUCUGAAGAGAAGUAGUACAUAGACAAAUUGUGAAACAUUUUUAUUACACUUAUAUAUUCAUGUAUAUGGAAUGGAAUUCUCCUGUAUGUGCAGAUAAAUGUGUUGAAUACAUUUAACGACAACUACCUCUUCAAGAUAAAUUAUUAACAAUGUAAUUAAUAUUUAUUUUAUAAUGUAAAUAUACUCCAGCUGAACAAUCGGCAACUGAAUAAGUAUUGAAUAAAGUCGUUAUGAAUAUA